CCCGCUCGCGCUCCGCCGCUCGUCGCCUCCCGCCGCCGCCCGCCGCCCCGCGGCACCGCCAUGAUCGUGGAGAGCAGCCGAGACGCGGCGCCCGAUGGCGGGGACGGCGGCGCCCUCAGCAGCCCCAUUAACCUCGCCUAUUUCUACGGGGCCUCGCCCCACUCCAGCGAGGGCAGCUGCUCGCCGGCUCACUCUGCCCCGGGCUCACCGGGCUCCGACUCAGACCUCUCGGUGAGCAGCCGCGGCGGCGGCCGGAGGGACCCCCGGGGCAGUGCCCGCCCCGCGCUGCAAGUUGAGCAACACAUGGGGGGCGGAAAGCAACACCGAGGACCUUUCCAGGGGGUCCGUGUGAAGAACUCUGUGAAAGAGCUCCUGCUGCACUUCAGGAGCAGCAAGCAGAUGUCCUCGGGCCCCACCACGGAGGAAGGCAAGGCACAAGGAGGAUUGGUGAACUACGAGCCAUAUGCAGAGCUGAAGAACAUACUGGGUCACAGUGGAAAAAGAAAGGCUUCUGAGCUUGUUUCUGAUGGACCUUCUUUCAAACGCCAAGCUAAUGUUCACCCACACCUCCUGACACCACCCCAGACACCGACUUCUAUGGAUAACAUGGAGGAGACACAUAAAAACGACCCGAAGCAUGACAGCAAUUCCGAUCUUCUUCAGAACAUUAUAAACAUCAAGAACGAGUCAAGCCCUGUUUCUCUGAACACAGUGCAGGUUAGCUGGUUGCACACUGUCUCCAGUCACAGCUCACCUGGUGAGCAGUACCAGGAUAGCCCAGGAACACAGGCUUUCUCCCCAUCCCAGAAGUACCCGGCGUUCCAAGAUCACACCUCCCAGCAUGUGCUUGACCCGCCUCAGCAUUACCAGUUCCCUCCAUCUCAGAACCAGGAUUUGUCACAGAGCUACCCUUCGGACCCCUCCCUGGAGUACAGGCCGUUUGCUGCCAAUGACCAGUCUCCUGGCUACCAGCAGAAUACCUUUGAGAGCCACGAACUGCAGUACUGCCCGUCGCAGAGCUUCUCCUCACUCUUGAAUGACUCUGAAGGUUCAGAGGGCCUCUCUGCUCCCCUCCAGCCUCUAACCAGUGCCCAUCCCCAGGCUGAUGUUAGCACCCAUGCUCCCAACUUCAACUUGCUUUCCAAUAACAUCUGUGGUAGUCUGGAGCGCAGCAUCUCUUUGGCUCAUUUGAAUGUCUCUCUCCCUGACCAAAACAUUGCCAGAAGCACAACCCAGCUGGGCAAGUCGUUUUUUCAAUGGCAAGUGGAGCAGGAGGAAAACAAACUGGCAAACAUCUCUCAAGACCAGUUCCUUGCAAAAGAUUCGGACGGAGACACCUUCCUUCACAUCGCAGUUGCCCAGGGCCGCCGAGCUCUCUCGUAUGUUCUGGCGAGGAAGAUGGCAGCUCUGCACAUGCUGGAUAUUAAAGAGCACAACGGCCAGAGUGCUUUCCAGGUUGCUGUGGCUGCCAAUCAGCAUCUCAUUGUGCAGGACUUGGUUAGCUUGGGGGCUCAAGUCAACACCACAGACUGCUGGGGCAGAACACCAUUGCAUGUUUGUGCUGAGAAGGGGCAUGCUCAGGUCCUUCAGGCAAUCCAAAAGGGAGCCAUGGGAAGCAAUCAGUAUGUGGACCUUGAGGCAACAAACUAUGAUGGUUUGACAGCAUUGCACUGUGCUGUUCUGGCUCAUAAUGCUGUGCUUCAUGAGCUGCAAAACAGUCGGCCACCUCAUUCCCCUGAGGUCCAGGAGCUUCUACUGAGAAACAAGAGCCUAGUAGAAACUAUCAAGACUCUAAUACAAAUGGGAGCAUCUGUUGAAGCAAAGGAUCGCAAAAGCGGUCGCUCAGCUUUACACUUGGCAGCAGAAGAAGCGAACCUGGAGCUCAUCCGUCUCUUUUUGGAGCUGCCCAACUGCCUCUCUUUUGUCAAUGCAAAGGCUUACAAUGGCAACACAGCCCUGCACGUGGCUGCCAGCCUGCAGUAUCGGGUCAGCCAGCUGGAUGCUGUGCGCCUCCUCAUGCGAAAGGGAGCUGAUCCAAGUGCCAGAAACUUGGAGAAUGAGCAGCCAGUUCAUCUGGUUCCUGAUGGCCUUGUAGGAGAACAGAUAAGACGUAUCCUAAAAGGGAAGGCGGUUCAGCAGAGAAUGUCGCCGUUUUAAGCUCCAUGUUUCUUGGAGUUCAGCAACUCACACUCACUGUCAGUCAGGCAGUCCUAAUGUAUCUGUAAAUAGACCAUUUGUCUGGUGAGGGCAAAUGUUAGUUGUUUCUAUGAAACAAAAGUGUUUUGUUCACUAUCAUAUAGUGGGUUAUAGAAGAGAAAACAAAAACAAAAACCAAACCCAACAAUCAAAUUCCUCUGAGCAAAAAAGAAUGUUUUACUCUGCCAGGCAUGUGGAACAAUUGCCUGGUUAUACCUGGAUUUCAUAGCUACACCAAGACUGAUUUUAUUUCAACAGCCAUACAGAUAACUUCUGGGCAAGGACUAUUCUACAGGAAAUUCUUUUGUUUAGAGGGGGCUGAGAAGUGUCAACAUUGCAGAGUUUGUUGUUGUGUUUUUAAUAACACUUAAAUAUUAAGUGCAAGAGAAAUAUUUUUUAAGUUGAACAUUUAUUUAUGUAACUUAGUAGCUUCCUUUCCAGUAUCUUGUGCAAGAUUGUAUAUAGUCACUGGCAUUAUUGUACAGCUGUAUAGUCCUAAAUCUAUUGAUUGCUUGGGGAAUGAACUGAAGAAAUGAGUUCCUUGAUUUUGAAGUUGCAAAUUGCAUAUAGCAUUUUAAUACUAUACUGGUGCAAGUCGGGUAAAUUCUGGUUUGAAAGACUGAAGACAAAAUUGUCGAGUUAAGAGCGAUAGUUCCUAGCACUGUGUGUGUGCUUUUGGAGUUAUUAAAGCAUGAAAAGCCAUGCUGCUCCAGCACUGUAUCAGUUUUUCUCAUACCCAGUAGAGGUGUUUUCUUUUGAUGGGACAAUAGAUGGAGGGGGAAAGAUCAUAGCUUUUAUAGUGUAUAUACUGUGGUACUUUUAAGAAAUAUGAUCCUGAUUCAGUGAAAGUAUUUAGCAUGUACUUAACUGUGGAUGCAUGCUGAUAUCUCUCCGUGUUAAAUAUAAUACUUCAAUAUGUGUUAGCCUCACUAGUGUCAGUAAGACUUAAGCACAUGCAUAAGUAGUUUGCUGAAUUGGGCUCUAGUCAGUUCUAGAGACUUAAUGUGUUUUCACCUCCUAAGCUGAGUUAGUCCAUUUAUGGUUUUACCUUAUAGGUAUAGUGGCUAGCCAAGUAAUAUCUGAAGUUAUUUUUUUUCUGGUUUUUAAUAAUUAUGGGUAUUAAUGCAGAAUGCAUACUAAUGAUGCUGUAUACUUGUGUUCUAUUGGAGAAAAUGUCCUCCUCUGAUCACUUUCUGAAUGAUCCAUGCUGAGCUGUAAUGCAGUAAUAUGUUCUCUGUUAUGGUCUUUGAUCUUAAUGUUUCUGCAUCACAUGCAAUUCUUUGCCAUAACCAUUAGUCUAACUGUGCUGUUUUGACAAAGUAUGUCUUGUAGACAAGAUAAGUGAAAAAAGUCUAUGUGGAGGCCUAGUUGCAGUGUAUUUCUUGAAGGGUCUCAUGUAACUUGUGUUUGAAUAAACAUGCUA